AUGCCAUCGCCUGCCAAGAAGUCUGCGCUCCGGUCGCCACGCGUCAAGGUCUUCCUACGCAUCCGCCCUGUCGUCCCAUCGGAAGCCUCGGACGCACUCCUGACCCUCGAGACGUUGGCGCCGUCGCAGCUCACACUGACAACACCCCACUGCCCGAACGAUGACAUUGAAUUCGUCGAGGUCCUCGACGGCCUCGUCGUGCCGAAAUCGCAACCCGUCAAGUCGCGCACGUUCCGUGGUCUCAGCGGUACGUUCCGCGAAGCGUCCACCAACGCCGACAUCUACGCCGCUGUCGUCGCGCCGCUCGUCGACGAAGCCCUCGCCGGCCGCGCCGCCUGCUGCUUUGCCUAUGGCCACACCGGGUCGGGCAAAACCCACACUAUCCUUGGCUACAACGACGAGCCUGGCUUGUACCGUCUCGCAUCCCACGCACUCUUUGCAGCCAUCGCCGCGGCCAACGAGCUCAUCGACGUGGACGCGGACCGACUCCACGUGCAAGUGCGCUUCAACGAGAUCUACAACGGCGACGUGUACGACCUCCUGAACGACCGCGCCAAGUGCUUUGUGCGCGAGGAUGAGCUGGGAAAGGUGCACAUCCGCAGUGCGACGACCACGGGCGACGACGGACUUGUGUACACGUCGUCGUCGACGACCAAGGCAGCGUCGAGCCUCGACGAUCUCACGGCCAUUGUUGCCGACGGUCUCGCGACGCGCAAGACGGGCAACUCGAACGUGCAUGCGCAGAGCUCGCGGUCGCACGCAGUGCUGGAAGUCGAGAUUGUCACGGACCGCCUCCUUGGCAUGCGCAGUGCAUUGGCGCUGAUGCAGGCCGAGACGACGUCCAUCGGGCACACACGAGACUCGCUCGACAUGGCCAUCUUCCUCCGGCAACACGACAAGCUCGAGGGCAAGUGGGUCCGCAAGCCGAACGCUACGAGCCCGACGCCGGACGAGGUCGCAACGCUCGACGAGCUCAACACGCGCUUCCUCGCCAAGCAAGAUGAAAUGCAAGACAUGCUCGCAGCCAUCCAGGAGCUGCAUCGCCAAGAGAACGAAGUCGGCGGCGCCCUUCUCUUUGUCGACCUCGCUGGCUCCGAGUACGCGGGCAGCGCCAGCGACGGCAUCGUCAAGAGCGAGACCGAGCAAAACGAGUGUCGCGAAAUCAACAAGUCGCUCAGCGCCCUCCAAAGCUGCUUCCGCGCCCAAGCCAAGGGCCUCGCCAGUGGCACCACGUAUCGAUCCUCCAAGCUCACCAUGGUGCUCCGGGACCACCUCCGGUCGGCAGGCUCGACGACGCGCAUGAUUGCAACGCUGUCGCCGUCGAGCGCGCACACGACCCAGACGAUCCAGACGCUGCAGUACGCUCAAAUGGUCGGCCAAGCCUGA